AGAGGCCGCACGGCGCAGCCAGCCGGGACCUGCCGAGGCUCUGCGUGCUGGUGACUGAGCCCUCCGCGCCCCGCCGGCGGCGGUCCGAGCGCGGGCGGCCCUCGCCAUGACAGAGCAGGAGAAGGCAGAAUGGGAAAACUUAAACAAGCUGUUAAUGCGCCGCGGGUUGAAGCCGGUGACUCUUGCUGCCUCUCCAAGCUGCAGAAAUGUAACAGAUAUGAUUGUCUUAGACAGUCAGUCUUGUCUAGGAAUAAGAAUUGCAUUAGAAACACUGGUGGAAGACACUGACCGACAGCAGAAAAUUAUGCAGGGGCUGAUGGAGACCAAUCGUUGUCUUAGAGAUGAGAUACGACAGGAACGUGGUCGGGCAUCUCAGCAAGAGCAACGGGCUAAUGAUUUGGAAAAUGUGGUGAAAAACAUUAAGGCCAAAAUUUGUCAACUGGAAGAUGAGACGAUAGCUAACGUUUGCCAGCAGCAGAAUCGAGUCAAAGAACUUCAAAGGGAGCAACAGGUUUCACAGGCAAAAUAUCAAGAGCAGCAGGACAAGCUGCAAGAACAGGAAGAGGUGAUUGCCCGUCUGCAGAAGGAGCUGUGCAAAGCCGGGCUGGAGGAGCAGCGGCGUGUUGCCACUCAGGACAAAAUCUUUUGUCAGUUUUGCAGAAGAGCUCCCAAGUCUCUUCUAGAUCAGCAGUUCCUUAGUCUGAUUGAUUACUAUGAAUCUCAAAUUAGUCAAAUGAAAAAGGAGCUAAGGCAAUAUAAAAAAGAUGAAGACCAAGCAGAGAGAGAAGCAAAAAGCAAGGAAGAAUUCUUGAAUCUAGAUGCUACUCCUAAUUAUAGAGCACUGCUCACGUCUUUCCAGAAGCAGCUUAUUGAAACAAAAGCCAGGAAUGAACAGCUUUUGCUGGAAAACAUAAAUCUCAAGAAAGAUUUGGAAGUAAGACCAACUGCACAGGAACUAAAACUGUACAAGCACCAAGUGAAGAAACUAGAGAAAACUUUAAAGAAAACUAUGCAAGCUUCAGGAUGCAGCACUGGAGAGAGAAUAGAAGAAAAGAAAGAACCCGAGAGUAUCCCAGGAGUGGAUCAGCUGCAAGGGCUUUGCCAGCAAUACUUACAGGUUUUGUCCCACAUUGAUUCUGUUUUGCGAAGCCCAAGAGCUCCUCCACUGAUAUACAGGCGCAGUAAAGGGACAGUGCCAAACUUUACUAAAGAGAAUGGACAGAAAUGUGGAUUUGAGCACCUUCCACUGACUAUAGAAAUGUGGGCAGAUCAGCUCAUGGCCCUAAAGGAUUUGCAUAGGUCCCUGAGAAAACUGUCACUAGAAUUGGUGCCUUGGCACACUGCAGAUCUGCAGGAUAACAGAGAAUCCAUACGAGUUGAAGAUCUCCAGUUCAUGGUAGAUGCAAUUUUGGAAGAAAUAGAAAAUAAGGCAAAGAAUGGCCAGACACCCUCUUCACCCAGCCUGUUUGCCAUAGUCUCUCACUUCCAGAAGCUGUUUGAUGUGAAUUCUCUGAAUGGUGUUUAUCCACGAAUGAAUGAGGUUUACACAAAGCUUGGGGAAAUGACCAAUGCUAUGAGAAAUCUCCAUGAGCUGCUGCAACUAGACAGUUCAGCUCCACCCACUGUGGUAGUGGAUACUGUUGGGAAACUGUGUGACACGAUUAAUGAGAACGUGACUGAGCAGGUACAGCAGCUUCUGGGGACCCAAGACAUCCACAGUAUAAUCACUAAGCUGGAAGAACAUGAGUGCUUCUUUCCACCAUUCCAAGCUCUCAUUCAAGAUUUGCUCUGUCUUCUAGAGAUCAGGAACCUGGAUGAUAUUUUACCCACUGUGCAAAAUCUGAAAGUGGGAGCUAGUUAAGAGUGAGUCUGCUCUCCUCUAGCACCUCUAGUCUUACCUGUGAAUGGACCUCUUGAUGGGUAUGAUGCUACAGCUACCUCUGACCUCUCUUAGCCUGUGCUGGUUUAGCCCUGGCUGGUUGUCAUGUGCUCGCCAAACCGUUCUGUCACUCCUAAACUGGCCAGGGGAGAGAGAAAUAUAACAAAGGGCUCAUGAGUUAAGGACAGGGAGAUCACUCAGCAGUUACCAUCACAGGCACAACAGACUCAACUUGGGGAGAAGUGGUUUGAUUUAUUAAUGAACAAUCACAACAGAGUAGGGAAAUGAGAAAACUCAAAACACCUCCCCCAAUCCCUUCUCCUCGCAGGACUCCCCUUCCUUCCCCCACAGCGGUGCAGGUGAUGGGGCUUGCAGUCAGUUCAUUAACAGAUGGACUUUGCCGCUGCUUCUUCUUAGGGGGAGGCCUCCUCACACCUCCCACUGCUACACUGUGGGGUCCCUCACACAGGAGACAGUCCCUCACAAAUUUGUCCAGCGUUGGUCCUUCCCAUGGGGGCAGCUCCUCACACCCUGCCCCAAGGUGCUCUAGCCUGAGUCCCUCACAGGAUCACAAGUCCUGGCAGCAAACCUGCUCUGGCAUGGGCUCCUCUGCCAACAGGCUCCCAGAUCCUGCCAGGAACUUGCUGCAGGGUGAGCUUCCCACAGAGUCACAGUCUCCUUCAGGCAGCCCUUUGUUCUGGCUUGGGGUCCUCCACGGGCUGCAAGUGGAUCUCUGCUCCCCAGUGGUCUCUAUGGGCUGCAGGGGCACAGCUGUCUCACUAUGGGCUGCCUGAGAACCUCGUCCCCCUCCUUCUCCACUGACCUUGGUGUCUAUGGAGAUAUUCUCACUCCCUUCUGCUGUUGCUGCAGUUCAGCAUCUGUGCAGCAACUUUUUCCUCUUCUCCAGUUUAAUCACAGAGGUGUUACCUCAAUCACCAAUUGUCUUGGCCUUGGUCAGCUGCAGGUCCAUCUCAAAGCCAGCUGGCACUGGCCCUGUCAGCUACAGGGGAAGCUUCUACAGCUCUUUGUUUAAAGAAGCCACUCGUGUAGCUCCCUGCUACCCAAACCUGCCCACACAAACCCACUACCUAGCCUCAGCACCAGGGGCAGAAUUUUUGGCACAAAUAAAACUGCUGAAUUUUUUCAGUGGUCAAUUUAAGAGAAAGUCACUGUAACUGCUCUCACCUGGUCUGCUCAAGCCAGAGAGAGAUCUCUAUAUUCUGCCUCCAGCCUCAGAACCUGACUGCAGCACAAGGCCAACCCUGUGCCAGCCCCUGUGUCAGGUAGGAGAUAAAGGGGGUCCUGCUGCAUGGAGCAGCUGACAAGAGAGUUAGGGCUGUCUGGCUUUGCUGAAGAGCCUAUUUUUAAAUGCUGUUUACAUUUUCAGAUCUGUUGGGGAUGCAAGCAAGUUGUUUUUCAGUGUGUUCUCUUUCUGGCUGUGCACUGAGGCAGACUAGGUGCGUGUAAUCUAGGCCAAAAACAUUUGAAACUUGCUUCAGGGGGUGGUUUGUGGGUUUCUGCCUAGCAUGGAUGGGAAGGUCUCAAGGUCAUGUUUUGACAGUCAGUUUUAGAAAGGCAGAGAUCUUAUGCAAGGCAGUUAGAAGUUUAUUGUGCAGAAACAAGUACACUAAGCUUCCAAAAAUAUUAGGGUAUAAUUUUGCUCUGAUUUAUUAAUAAAGCUUUAGUUUACAAAACUCUGCUGUUCCUCAGGCAGAAUGAUUUACUCUCAAGGUUUACAAGACUUUGAAAUGUACUGUAACAAAGAACAAAAGGCAUCACAAACCUUAAUGAUGGGGUGGUAAACUCAACUCCCUGCUUUUGGCAGCUCAUUCUGCACAGACCUGCAGCCACACCACUGAGAUACCUCUGAACAGUGGAGUAUCCAAUUAGUUUCUCCAAAACCAAUUGCUAUUCGAGUCUUAAACAGUCUCUUUCAACAGUUUCUGUAGCCCUACAGAUGAAGAAUGCUGUUUAAAACACAAGUACUAUGAUUUUCAUGUUAAAACAACAUGAACAAGGAUCCUGGGGAAGUGAAACUGCCAAGUGAAGUAAUGACACUUUGCUGACAGUCUAAAAGGGCUCCAGGUCCAACACUUCCUCAGGAGAGUGUUCCUACUUCAGGGCCCUUGGGGGAAGAUAUGCCAGAAACAGCAAAAAUAAGGGAUUUCUUAUUUAGGGACAAAUUAUUCCCAGUGGGGUUGGCUGCGUUUGUUUACUUCAGUGAGAACUAAUGUCUGAGUAUGAUCAUUAAAUGUACACAUCCUGAGCUGGGGACUGCUUCAAAUGUGCAGUGACUGUUCAAAACACAUUACUUACAAAAGACAUAUGUACAUUCAUAGAAAGCUGAGAAAUUAGCAACUUCUGUACAUGAGAAGGAAUCACUCAUUCACUUCUUGCGUCUGCUCCUGGUCAGCUCAUACCUGCAAGACAGAUACGGUAAUAACAGUUGCUUAGGACUUUAAAGUGGCACAACAGAGAGAAUGGAGCUGGGGUAUU